CAGUGAAGAGGAAGAAAGCCAUCCUGUCAGACAGUGAGGAGGAGAAGGCUGACGAACCAGGUAAGAUGACAGACCAGCAGCUGGGCCAGCGCAAUUGGGUGGCUCUGGUCAAAAGUAAUGUACUGUAUGGGGAAUAGGGUGGCAUUUUAAGAUGCACACCUUAUCUUGAAGUCUGAUAGUAAGCGAGUGUGUGGAGAUUAAGGCUGCAUCUUAAAUUACCCUCUAUUUCCUACACUGUGGUGUGUUAGGUCUGUCUUUCUUUUAUUGAGCUGCUCUGUUGGUCAGGUCUCCCUUGUAAAAGAGGUAUUCUGACCUUAAUUGGACUUCCUGGAUAAAUAAAAUAGUUUUGGCCAGAGCCGAGGAGCUGAGGAUGAUCAUAAUGAUGGUGACUCCUCUCCCUCAGCGGCGAAGAAGAGCCGCGCCGUGUCCGACGAUGAGAACUCUGACAGCGACGCAGGCUUGGAGACGCCCGACAAAACCAUGGCCAAACUGCGGGAACUGGGCUCAGAAAGCGAAGACGAGGAUGAUGGACAGAAGGCGGAAGGGGGGAAGAAGGAUGAGAAAACACUGUUUGGUAGCGACAGCGAAUCAGGCGACGAGGAAGAGUAAGUGUUCCGAUCCCCCCACACACUCCUUUCUGUUAUUACGGUGCUAUCACUCUGUUGUUAGUACUCCUGCGUAGUAGUCUCUCUGAUGGACCUGGCCUGAGUGUGAUGGCGACUAUGUACUGUGGUAAUCCGGUGAAGUAAACGUUGUUAAACUGGAACCUAGUCGUUGUGUCAUUUUGCGUUAACAGUACAGCUGUGCUGGGGUAUGAAGUAAUUGAGGUAGCUAUGUAACUAUAGGUACAUAUGAACUGAAAGGAUGCGUGUGUAUUGUAGGUUGUAUGGUUGGUUCUGAUUGUAGGGUUCCUAUGCUGUCUCGUAUAGGAAAAUGAUUGCUGACAUUUUUGGUGACUCAGGCGAUGAAGAGGGGGAAGAGUUUACGGUGAGUUUUACCCACUUUACAAAAACAUUUGUAUUCAAGACAUGCUUCGUAAACAACAGUGAAAUGCUUACUUACGGUUCCUUCCCAACAAUGCAGAGAGAAAGAAAAUAGAGAAAUAAUAGAAAAGUAAUAACACAAAAUUAUAAAUACACAGUGAGUAACGAUAACUUGGCUAUAUACACGGGUACCAUUACCAAGUCACUGUGCAGGGGUUCGAGGUAAUUGAGGUAGAUACAGUGAUUUCAGAAAUUGAUUUAAUUCUUCUUCUUUUUUUCAAUCUACACUAAAUACUAUGUCAAAGUGGAAGAAUAAUUCUAACAUUUAUUAGUCGCUCUGGAUAAGAGCGUCUGCUAAAUGACUAAAAUGUAAAAUGUAAAUAUUAAUGAAAAAUAAAGCUCUAAUUUUCUUGAUUAGUUAAGUAUCAAUACAUGUUAGAAUCACCUUUGGCAGCGAUUACAGCUGUGAGUCUUUCUGGGUAAGUCUCUAAGAGCUUUGCACAUCUGGAUUGUACAAUAUUUGCCCAUUUUUAUUAUUUUUAACUCUUCAAGAUCUGUCAAGUUGUUUGUUGAUCAUUGCUAAACAGCCAUUUUCAAGUCUUGCCAUAGAUUUUCAAGCCAAUCAAAGUAAAAACGGUAACUAAGCCAUUCAGAAACAUUCUAAGUCAUCUUGGUAAGCAAAUCCAGUGUACAUUUGGCCUUGAGUUUUAGGUUAUUGUCCUGCUGAAAGGUGAAUUUUGUCUCCCAGUGUCUGUUGGAAAGCAGACCGAACCAGGUUUUUCUCUAGGAUUUUGCCUGUGCUACUCAAUUUCUUUUUAUCCCACCAAAAACUCCAUAGUCCUUGCUGUUGAAGAGCAUAUCCAUAAAAUGAUGCAGCCACCACCAUGCUUGAAAGUAUGAAGGUUGGGACUCCGUGACAUUGUUGCCUCCUCUCCUAGCGUUCUGGCUCCAUUGGUCCCCCUAGCAUCCUAGCAUCCUGCACUUUCUACAGAUCUGAUUGGACUGGACUAGUGGCCACUAACCAUAAAGCAUAUUUAGCCUAUAACUUUUGUUAUUCAGAAACAUAAAAUACUGCCAUGAGAAAAAUACAGUGAAAUGGUAUUUUGACCAUAUCAAGUCCUUUCAGAUCUGUGAACAUCAAGGGUUGGUUUCCCAAUCACAGAUUAAUCUUGUCCAGGACCAAAAAGCAUUCUCAACAGAGAAUCUCCAUUGAAAGAGCUUUUAGUCCAGGAUUAGGCUUAAUGUGUCCGGGAAACCGACCCCAAAGGUUUAGGGACUCUUGAGAAUUGUCUAGACACCGAAACUAUACCGCAUCUUUGAUUCCCGAUCCCAACGGCUGACAUUUGAUGUUUCUGCACCAAUAGGGUUUCAAUCAGGAGGAUCUGGAGGGGGAUAAGAACCAAUCACAGGCCUCGGCAAAGAAAGCAAUGGCAGACGACUCUGACUCUGACGAGGGCGUGGGCAGGGGUGGUGGCCAAGAGUGAGUAUCUCAUGAAAUCUGUCAAUGUUUUCAAUCAAUCGAUUUUCCUCUUGCCGCUAUACUUUCAUUCUAUAGUGGAGCCGUGGCUAACUGGCUGACUCUCUCUAUUCAGCACCAGCUUCAUGUCGGACUUUGACGUGAUGCUGGCUCGUAAGAAGGCCCAGAGCGGGAAGCGACGACGGAACCGCGACGGGGGAACGUUCAUAAGUGACGCUGACGACGUGGUCAGCGCCAUGAUCACCAAGAUGACAGAAGCUGCAGAGGUGACAUUCUGGCCCCAAACUGUGUGUGUGUGUGUUCUGUCAUAGGUCUUCAAUGCGGGUGUGGGUGUACCAUUCUAACGGUGUGAUUUACAGGAGGACAGAACACUGAACGCUCAGAAGAAGCCAGCCUUAAAAAAGCUGACCCUCCUCCCCACUGUCGUUAUGCACCUGAAGAAGUGAGUCCAUCCAUGGCUCUCAAUACUACCACAAGCAUAGUCUAUAUACACCGAGUGCUCUUUCCAUGAUAUAGACUGACCAGGUGAAAGCUAUGAUCCCUUAUUGAUGUCACUUGUUAAAUCCACUUCAAUCAGUGUGGAUGAAGGGGAGGAGACGGGUUAAAGAAGGAUUUAUAAGCAUUUAGACAAUUGAGACAUGGAUUGUGUAUGUGUGCCAUUGAGGGUGAAUGGGAAAGACAAAAUAUGUAAGUGCCUUUGAACAGGGUAUGGUAGUAAGUUCCAGGUGCACCGGAACAUCAUCCUAAUAUUCAGUUGCACCUACUUUUUUCCCUCAGAACAGCUUCAAUUCGUCGGGCAUGAACUCUAUAAGGUGUCGAAAGCGUUCCACAGGGAUGCUGACCCAUGUUGACUCCAAUGCUUCCCACAGUUGUUAAGUUUGCUGGAUGUCCUUUGGGUGGUGGACCAUUCUUGAUACACACGGUUUAAGCGUGAAAAACCAAGCAGCGUUGCAGUUCUUGACACACAAACCGUUCAACCUGGAACCUACUACCAAACCCUGUUCAAAGGCACUUCAAUCUUUUUUUUUGCCCAUUCACCCUCUGAAUGGCACACAUACACAAUUAGGGCUGUGGCGGUCACGAAAUUUCGUCACAAGCUACUGAUGCAGACCUUUGGAACAUCUACAUUUUAAAAAGUCUAAUAAAUCCAUGUAAUAUAGCCUACACCUUCACAAUACAUCCAUUAUUUAUUUUAGACAGGUCUAAAUAAACAUGAUAUGAAGAAAAUGUAUUCUAUUUCAGAAGAACAGAAUAGCAUACUCUGAGUUGUCCUUAUGUUAGGUCCUGAUCCGGCUAUGACAAAUGGCUGUGGGCUACACUAGUUCAUUUAGCAGACAAGAUUUGCUUAGAAUUCCGUGGCAUUAUUUUAUAGUAUGAAGAAUGCAAUUGAACAAAGCUGAAUAAAAUAAAAUUCUCCAAACAAUUUGAGGGAGUUCGCACAUGCAGCUAUUCUGUGUUGAGCGGUUAACAAAGAAAAAGGUACUCCUAUAUGCUUAAUUUAGAGUUAUUAAUGUCACUUUAGUUGUUCUACAAACGUUGGACUAUAUGCAGUGCUUAAUUUGUAAAUAGGGAGGUCCCGGAACACAUAGUCAAACACAACGUAGCAGCGCAGAAGUCAGAGUAAACAGACUACUAUCUAUGGUGGUGAAACGGACAGCGCUCUCCAAGGAGCCUACUAUCUAUGGUGGUGAAACGGACAGCACUCUCCAAGUAGCCUACUAUCUAUGGUGGUGAAACGGACAGCGCUCUCCAAGUAGUCUACUAUCUAUGGUGGUGAAACGGACAGCACUCUCCAAGUAGCCUACUAUCUAUGGUGGUGAAACGGACAGCACUCUCCAAGUAGCCUACUAUCUAUGGUGGUGAAACGGACAGCACUCUCCCAGUAGCCUACUGUCUAUGGUGGUGAAACGGACAGCGCUCUCCAAGUAGCCUACUGUCUAUGGUGGUGAAACGGACAGCACUCUCCAAGUAGCCUACUGUCUAUGGUGGUGAAACGGACAGCCCUCUCCAAGUAGCCUACUAUCUAUGGUGGUGAAACGGACAGCGCUCUCCAAGUAGCCUACUGUCUAUGGUGGUGAAACGGACAGCGCUCUCCAAGUAGCCUACUGUCUAUGGUGGUGAAACGGACAGCCCUCUCCCAGUAGCCUACUAUCUAUGGUGGUGAAACGGACAGCACUCUCCAAGUAGCCUACUGUCUAUGGUGGUGAAAUGGACAGCACUCUCCAAGUAGCCUACUGUCUAUGGUGGUGAAACGGACAGCACUCUCCAAGUAGCCUACUAUCUAUGGUGGUGAAACGGACAGCGCUCUCCAAGUAGCCUACUAUCUAUGGUGGUGAAACGGACAGCGCUCUCCAAGUAGCCUACUAUCUAUGGUGGUGAAACGGACAGCGCUCUCCAAGUAGCCUACUAUCUAUGGUGGUGAAACGGACAGCGCUCUCCAAGUAGCCUACUAUCUAUGGUGGUGAAACGGACAGCGCUCUCCAAGUAGCCUACUGUCUAUGGUGGUGAAACGGACAGCACUCUCCAAGUAGCCUACUAUCUAUGGUGGUGAAACGGACAGCACUCUCCAAGUAGCCUACUGUCUAUGGUGGUGAAACGGACAGCACUCUCCAAGUAGCCUACUGUCUAUGGUGGUGAAACGGACAGCCCUCUCCAAGUAGCCUACUAUCUAUGGUGGUGAAACGGACAGCGCUCUCCAAGUAGCCUACUAUCUAUGGUGGUGAAACGGACAGCCCUCUCCAAGUAGCCUACUAUCUAUGGUGGUGAAACGGACAGCACUCUCCAAGUAGCCUACUAUCUAUGGUGGUGAAACGGACAGCACUCUCCAAGUAGUCUACUAUCUAUGGUGGUGAAACGGACAGCACUCUCCAAGUAGCCUACUAUCUAUGGUGGUGAAACGGACAGCGCUCUCCAAGUAGCCUGCUAUCUAUGGUGGUGAAACAGACAGCACUCUCCAAGUAGCCUACUAUCUAUGGUGGUGAAACGGACAGCACUCUCCAAGUAGCCUACUAUCUAUGGUGGUGAAACGGACAGCACUUCCCAAGGUGUUGAUUCAUUCAAAGCAUUUUAGACAUCACUGCAGUAUGCCCACAUACUUGAGCAUAGCUGCGGGGCUUACGCAAGUCGGAAUUUCUUAUAGCCUAAUUAGACAUCAAUGUACAGCAACAUUUUUAGACGACACUGCAGAACACCCGCCAUAUGCACACAUACUCAGCUGUGGGGUUUACAAGACCUGAAUUUCAUAUGAUUUUCAAGACAUCAAUUUAGCAGUAGAAAAAUAUCAAGAUAUCGGAAUAUAACUUAAAAUAAAAUAAAUCAAUGUAGGCUAUAGUAGGACACACAUGAGAAUAUAUAGGCCUCCUGCCUAUGUGAUAAUAUGAAGCACAUAUUCAGAUUACCUUCACAGUACAGAACAAGUUUGUAAAGGAAGGAAAAUGUCCUGCCUUAGUUUUCAACACCUCCCACAAUGACUUUCCCCAUGUCAAGUCCCUUUAACUCCUGAGAGUCAAUUUCUAGCUCAAAGCCAUGCGUGAGCCUGUGGCUGUGAUGUUUAGCAUCCUAAGGCUGUUCUGAAGACUGGCUGUAGUGUCUAUUUUUUCCAUUUAGAGUGUUAACGAUAACCUGGACGUCCUCUUUAGCCUUGUCUACAAGGCUUGCUGCCACCAAAUGCGCCUUGGUUCGGGCAUGUUCAAAAACCUUUUUUCUGAGGGCUCUUUGUUUUUUUUACGUCUGAGGCAUAGGAUGUUAACUUACUGUACAUUCCACCCACUCUUUUGCUAGUUUAAUCCCUCCAGUCGUUUCUAGACCCAAGCUCCCUAUCUUUUUGCAUGUUGUACAGCCCAACUUUGAAUUCUGCAUGACAAGCCAGGGGUUAUACGUUUGCUUGUUCUUGAACUGCAAAUUGCACCUGCUCCAAGCACUUCAUCGGUGGAUGCACUGCUUCCCUCCCCCCCAGCUCCCUGUCUCCCGCUGAGUCUGACUAGCUAGUAGGCCUACUAGCUAGUGGAGGUGCCGGUGGUGAUGCUGAACUGGCGGGAUUAGCAGCGCUGCUAGCUAAGAGGCAUUGCCAUCAGGAACAGUUUGCCCCUCACUCCUCUCCUCCGGCACUGACAGUUCUCUGGCUCGUUCUGGGUUCAAUUCAACCUCUUUCUCUGGAUUUCUGGACUUGAGAAAUGUCUUCGAACUCGAUUGCCUUUUCUUAUCCAUUUUUUAUUUGGCUUUCCCACGAUUCAAAUUCAGUAGGGAGACGACAAGCCUAGACGACGUGACGUGAUUACGUAGGGUCCUCCUCACUAGCUGACCACCACUACCAAGACCUGUGUCAAGAUCAGUUGCUUACAACACCGGCCCUCCCCAUAACCUCUAUGUACAAAUAAGAGCGCAGGUCUGGAAUCAGUGUGGCAGGAUAGGAUGAUUACACAGAAGGAUCACAGCGCUUUUACAUGAUGGUCUUUCUGGGGAGAAAUAACGAGGCGACAACUUGAUUUAACGCUGAUCACUUUUAUUCAACUGUCUACAGUGCGAACAGUGAAACGAUUAAUAAAUCAUGCUGCGAGAGGUACCGGAUCCGGGCAAAUAGGUGGCGGAACAAACAAAGUAAAAUCUGAGAGGUGCUGGAUCCUGUUACGGCACCUCUCAACACUGGCUAUAUGUUUUGAUUUUUAAUACAUUGUAAGGCUGCAUGAUGCGAUUCUAAUGAUGAUUUGAAAAAAAGUUGCUUGAAAGGCUUGAGCCCUGCUUAGUUUUAGUCUCUCAUUAACACUUUGACAAGCACUUGAUAAUGCCUGGAAUUUCACGGCGGCAUCCCCUUUGUGGCUGUAAUGCACCCUAAAAAAAUCCAUGCCUUUUGCGGCCAGUGGCCGUUGUGCCCUGAGUGCUGAGCAUGCCGAAUCACCUCACUCACAUGGCUCUCCAUCACGUGAUCGGGUCUUUCUCACAGGCUACAAGUGAAGGCAGACACAUCGGGGAUGCAACUGCGCGUGUCCUUAUCCAAUUCCGAGGUGCAUAUUGAAGAUAUUGGAAGAACUGUCCACAUUGACUUUUCGUCAGCCAACAAGAUGAGCAGGCCUAACGAACAGCAAAAGCACUAGCCUAUGUCAAUCUACUAUCCCCCAUUAGUAAAAAUAAAAAAAAAGUUGAACUAUUCUGUGCGAGAAAAAAUUAUUCAAAACAUAGUCUGGGACAGUUGUGGAAUGCAAUAGAUCCCAAUUUAAUACAACCACUAGCAUCAAAAAACGUUUACGCAAUGUGCCUGACGCAACAGAUCAGACCAUUUAGCUUAAAAUAAUGAUAAAUUAGGCUAUUUCUUCACAUUAUAAGCGCAGCAAUGCGCACAUGAAAGUAGGCUAUAACCGGGAAUGUUCCAUUAGCGGGAAAACACCAUUAUCAAAAGUGACCACAAAUGCGAUUAUGCAUGAAAUGCUUUUAUUAUAAAAGUGCAUUUUUAUGGUGACAAUUAUCUUCCCCAAACUUGAAACUCACUCGCUACUUAUGUAUGCCGGUUAGGCUCUAAACCCCUUGUAAAGCGGAUUAAUGUGCUUAAUUUUAAGAAGUUAUUUGGCCACUUUAGUUGUGAUACAAACCUUAUCAAAACAUAUAGGCCUAUGGGCUAGGCUACAUGAGGUGUGCGACUGAUUAGAAAAAGUUGCCCAAAAAAUGGCAGUUUCUUAUGCUGGGCAUCAUUCACAAGUGAUAAUGUAUAGUUCACAAGUGAUAGGCUAAUAUUGUCACCCCAUCACACUAUUCUUGAUUUAAUAUUGUCUUUACAUAUACUAAGUAAUAUAUGUGUGAAAUUUGUUUUGAUUUAGAAUGGACCAUUAUUAUGCACCUGUCUUGAAGCAGGGGCAGGGGAAAAAUACAUGUAAUCUAUGCACUUAAAUAGCGAAUGGAGGACGCUUUUCCCGUGGUUCAUUUUCAUGCCAGCCAGGUAGCCUAUACUCCUGUUGUAAAGCGAAACAAUGCACUUAAUAUUAGGAAAGUUGAAAAAUAAAUAUAGUAGGCCUAGCCUAUAGAAAGCUGAUGGGAUCCUCCUCUUUUUAGUAGAGGCCAUCACUCUGUUUUCUCACGCAAUUGCAUAGCCUAUAGAAAUGUUGCGCAACAUGAGCUCAUGGGCUCUCAUUAAGUGUUUGAUUAGAUUUUUUAACAAAUUUGCAUUGAUGUCAGAGUGAUUAGAGGGACAAUAGAGUGCUGAGAACCAGGCAGUUAACAAGUUUGGUAGGCUACUAAUGACCAUCAGCGGCAUCAGAGCUUUGAGAAGCCUAAUUACCGUGAAUAAACGGCCACGUGGAAUUUGACUGCAUUCAUGACUCGUGACUGCCGGUUUGGGUGUAAUACGGUCACCCUAUACACAAUCCAUGUCUCAAUUGUCUCAAGGCUUAAAAAUCCUUCUUUAACCUGUCUCCUCCCCGUCAUCUACACUGAUUUGAAGUGGAUUUAACAAGUGACAUCAAUAAGGGAUCAUAGCUUUCACCUGGUCAGUCUAUAUCAUGGAAACAGCAAGUGUUCCUAAUGUUUUGUAUGCUGUGUGUGUAUAUGUGUGUACAGUACCAGUCAAAAGUUUGGACACCUACUCAUUCCAGGGUUUUUCUUUAUUUUUACUAUUUUCUACAUUGUAGAAAAAUAGUGAAGACAUCAAAACUAUGAAAUAACACAUAUGGAAUCAUGUAGUAACCAAAAAAGUGUUAAACAAAUCCAAAUAUAUGUUAUAUUUGAGAUUCUUCAAAGUAGCCACCCUUUGCCUUGAUGACAUCUUUGCACACUCUUGGCAUUCUCUCAACCAGCUUCAUGAGGUAGUCACCUGGAAUGAAUUUCAAUUCAGCCAAUCAGUUGUGUUGGGGGGGUAUACAGAGAUAGCCCUAUUUGGUAAAAGACCAAGUCCAUAUUAUGGCAAGAACCGCUCAAAUAAGCAAAGAGAAACAACAGUCCAUCAUUAUUUCUAGACAUGAAGGUCAGUCAAUACGGAAAAUGUCAAGAACUUUGAAAGUUUCUUCAAGUGCAGUCGCAAAAACCAUCAAGCGCUAUGAUGAAACUGGCUCUCAUGAGGACCGCCACAGGAAUGGAAGACCCAGAGAUACCUCUGCUGCAGAGGAUACGUUCAUCAGUUACCAGCCUCAGAAAUUGCAGCCCAAAUAAAUGCUUCACAGAGUUCAAGUAACAGACUCAUCUCAACAUCAACUGUUCAGAGGAGACUGCGUGAAUCAGGCCUUCAUGGUCGAAUUGCUGCAAAGAAACCACUACUAAAGGACACCAAUAAGAAGAGACUUGCUUGGGCCAAGAAACACGAGCAAUGGACAUUAGACCGGUUGAAAUGUGUCCUUUGGUCUGGAGUCCAAAUUUGAUAUUUUUGGUUCCAACCGCCAUGGCUUUGUGAGACACAGUGUGGGUGAACGGAUGAUCUCUGCAUGUGUAUUUCCCACCGUAAAGAAUGGAGGAGAUGGUGUGGGGGUGCUUUUCUACAAAGGGGACAGGAUGACUGCACCGUAUUGAGGGGAGGAUGGAUGGGGCCAUGUAUCGCGAGAUCUUGGCCAACAACCUCCUUCCCUCAGUAAGAGCAUUGAAGAUGGGUCGUGGCUGGGUCUUCCAGCAUGACAACGACCCAAAACACACAGCCAGGGCAACUAAGGAGUGGCUCCGUAAGAAGCAUCUCAAGGUCCUGGAGUGGCCUAGCCAGUCUCCAGACCUGAACCCAAUAGAAAAUCUUUGGAGGGAGCUGAAUGUCCGUAUUGCCCAGCGACAGCCCCGAAACCUGAAGGAUCUGGAGAAGGUCUGUAUGGAGGAGUGGGCCAAAAUCCCUGCUGCAGUGUGUGCAAACAUGGCCAAGACCUACAGGAAACGUAUGAUCUCUGUAAUUGCAAACAAAGGUUUCUGUACCAAAUAUUAAGUUCUGCUUUUCUGAUGUAUCAAAUACUUAUGUCAUGCAAUAAAAUGCAAAUUAAUUACUUAAAAAUCAUACAAUGUGAUUUUCUGGAUUUUCCGUCUCACAGUUGAAGUGUACCUAUGAUAAAAAUUACAGACCUCUACAUGCUUUGUAAGUAGGAAAACCUGCAAAAUCGGCAGUGUAUCAAAUACUUGUUCUCCCCACUGUAUAUGGUCUGAUGUGUGUGUGUGUGUGUGUGUGUGUUCAGGCAAGACCUCAAGGAGACAUUCAUCGACAGUGGGGUGAUGUCGGCCAUCAAGGAGUGGAUCGGCCCGCUGCCAGACAAGAGUCUCCCGGCCCUUAAAAUCAGAGAGGAUCUCCUCAAAAUCCUACAGGAGGUAAAUGCUUGGGAUUGCAUUUCCGCCGACUCCCCCUGAAACGUCACCAUGGUUUUGAAUCUUGAUAAAGAACUGUGUUUUCAUAUGGUUUUCGGUUCUCCCCCCAGCUCCCCAGUGUGAGUCAGGAGACUCUCAAACACAGCGGGAUUGGCCGAGCCGUCAUGUUCCUCUACAAACACCCCAAGGAGUCGCGCCCCAACAAGGACCUCGCCCUCAAACUCAUCAGUAAGUGCCUACAUAUCUGCGCUCAAAAACAUAAAAUGUCAAUUCAGUAAUGUGGGUUUUGCUGACGUAAUAGCUGACCAAGUAUUGUCUGACUCUGAGAAGGAAUUAUGUUAUUAAAGGGAUCUCAUUUUCACUCACCUGUUUCAUAGUGUUGUUUUUUAGCAAGUUCCAGUGGCUUCGAACGAGCAUGUAGCAAUAGAACACGGUCCCUCUGUAGAGGUGAAUAGUGUAUGGGUGUUGGGGAUAUUGGUAGAGUAUUAGUAUUGAUAGUGGGUAUUGAUACGUGCCGUGUCUGUACAGAUGAGUGGUCCCGCCCCAUCUUUGGCCUGACGUCCAACUACAAGGGCAUGACACGCGAGGAGAGACAACAGAGAGACCUGGACCAGCAGAUUCCGCAAAAAAGACUCCUCAGGUAAAAGUGUGCACACACCCCCCAGGGUUUCCGUUAGGAAAAUGUGGCGCCAGACAACGUGACCGGGAAGAUAUUUUAUUUACCGGCCAUUUGGUAAAUUUACCGGACCUAUACGCAUUAUGCGCAUAACCUAUUAGGGCCUCCACCCAAGGUGCUCAGAAGGAUGGAAAUCACAUUUAGAUUAUGGCAACUCAUGUAAUGAAGUGGCCAAUAAAACGUCAUUUUCAAACAUUUAUCAAAAUGCAAUUCGCGGGAAAACGCCAUUCUAAAUAGCGCACCUGAUAGCAGUUCCAUAUGUGACAGAGAUUAACAUCUCUGUUAGAAACUUAGAAAGAGGGAGAAUCUAAAGGUGCAACUAGGAUGGUUGCUAAUAUGACUAGGAUUGUGCCUUUUGGCUUCUGGACAACAAAAGAAAGUUGAUAUGAAAACCAAUAGAACAGGAGAGAAACGGCAUAGCGGUGGGUCCAAAAGGGAAGUAAAGGGAAAUACAUUUUCCAAAAUUAUAUACUUACUCCGGUCUAUACAGAAAUAAAUAAAAUACUUCACCAGAAAGCAUGACUUAGCCACAGAGGUAUCAAGGCUAAUUAGCAUAUAUAAAAAAAAUAGCUGUGGCUUGUUUCAAAUCACCUAUUUGGGAAGACUGCAAUUUGGGCAGCGCACGUGGCAAUAGGCCUAGCUGAUUAUUGAGUUGCAGCUGUCAGUGAAAAGCAUCUAAAAUAUGUGUGAAGGUAAUGUGUCUAGAGUAUAAUUUAAAAUGUUGAGACCGGAAGAAGGGGAGGAGUGUGUGUGGCGAUUGUUUCAUUGUGUGAAUUGUUUGCCCUUUUAAUUUUUUUUGAUCAAUUCCUGAUUUACAUAUGUCACCAGUAGUAAAUGUACCCUUAAUCUCCAUCAUUUGGUUACAUUAAUUUCUGUUAAUACAUGUAUUAAUUUGUCAUUUACGGUUUCUUUAGCCGCCAAUGGAUCACGGUGUAUCAAUAUGUCCAUAUGGCAGAGGCUGGUGAUCUCGCAUUAGUUGACUUUUAACUUUCAGAUUUGUGUAAUUUUUAUUCAGAUUUUUUUGAUUAACCACGUGACAAUGCUUUUUAGAAACGAAAAUAUUAUUAUUGAAAUGUUCCACAAAAAUGUGCCUAUGAAAAUCAUAACUAGCAUGCAGAACGGUAGAAAUGGUAGGAUAAAUUGUCCCCAAACUUGAAACUCACGCGGUGCCUAUGAAGUCUUUAUAAAAUCAUUUCCUCCACGUUUACAUGGUUGGAUUUUGCCUAUAGGCUACUUUGAAGCAAGGUAAGUCAUGCCUCAUAAUAUGUAAUAAAACAUUCAGGUUUCAAACAAUUAAUUAAGUAUGUUUUCAAAAUGCGUACUGCCUCCAGCUCACAUUGUAAAGUGGUGUGUGACGCACUGAUAGCCUGUUGCCUGCACUUGAAUGGUGAAUGGAAGGCAUGCUUCAAUUACCAGUUGAGAAAAAAUAGUAGCGCCUUUCAAUCGUGCACCAACACAGUUUUUAACUGGAUUUUGAAUUGUUGCACAAUGAAUGGGCUUAUAAAAGCACAUGUUUUACUCCAGCUGAGGAGCUGCAGGAGAAAUCCCGCUCAAAAUAGGCUGUGUGUGUGUGAUAGUUGUGUUGCAUAAAUAAAAUACAUGAUGACUAACGAAAAUACACACAGGCCAAUUUAAUUCCACUAAAUUAUGCAAAUUAACCUAUAGGCCGAUAAGCAUUAUAGUCAAAUCUAUUUCCAUCAAUGAAUAAAAAGCAUUAUUUUACAAUAGGAUUUUUUUUCCCCUGGUGAUUUUUAUCACCGUAAUUUUUUUUCGCGGCCAAAAGCCGACAUUUGCCGUCUAAUGGAAACCCUGACACACACUUUAUACACUGCUCAAAAAAAUAAAGGGAACACUAAAAUAGCACAUCCUAGAUCUGAAUGAAUGAAAUAAUCUUAUUAAAUACUUUUUUCUUUACAUAGUUGAAUGUGCUGACAACAAAAUCACACAAAAAUUAUCAAUGGAGAUCAAAUGUAUCAACUCAUGGAGGUCUGGAUUUGGAGUCACCCUCAAAAUUAAAGUGGAAAACCACACUACAGGCUGAUCCAACUUUGAUGUAAUGUCCUUAAAACAAGUCAAAAUUAGGCUCAGUAGUGUGUGUGGCCUCCACGUGCCUGUAUGACCUCCCUACAACGCCUGGGCAUGCUCCUGAUGAGGUGGCGGAUGGUCUCCUGAGGGAUCUCCUCCCAGACCUGGACUAAAGCAUCCGCCAACUCCUAGACAGUCUGUGGUGCAACGUGGCGUUGGUGGAUGGAGCGAGAGAUGAUGUCACGGAUGUGCUCAAUUGGAUUCAGGUCUGGGGAAUGGGCGGGCCAGUCCAUAGCAUCAAUGCCUUCCUCUUGCAGGAACUGCUGACACACUCCAGCCACAUGAGGUCUAGCAUUGUUUUGCAUUAGGAGGAACCCAGGGCCAACCGCACCAGCAUAUGGUCUCACAAGGGGUCUGAGGAUCUCAUCUCGGUACCUAAUGGCAGUCAGGCUACCUCUGGCGAGCACAUGGAGGGCUGUGCGGCCCCCCAAAGAAAUGCCACCCCACACCAUGACUGACCCACCGCCAAACCGGUCAUGCUGGAGGAUGUUGCAGGCAGCAGAACGUUCUCCACGGCGUCUCCAGACUCUGUCACGUCUGUCACAUGUGCUCAGUGUGAACCUGCUUUCAUCUGUGAAGAGCACAGGGCGCCAGUGGCGAAUUUGCCAAUCUUGGUGUUCUCUGGCAAAUGCCAAACGUCCUGCACGGUGUUGGGCUGUAAGCACAACCCCCACCUGUGGACAUCAUUUUGCAGGGCUCUGGCAGUGCUCCUCCUGCUCCUCCUUGCACAAAGGCGGAGGUAGCAGUCCUGCUACUGGGUUGUUGCCCUCCUACGGCCUCCUCCACGUCUCCUGAUGUACUGGCCUGUCUCCUGGUAGCGCCUCCAUGCUCUGGACACUACGCUGACAGGCACAGCAAACCUUCUUGCCACAGCUCGCAUUGAUGUGCCAUCCUGGAUGAGCUGCACUACCUGAGCCACUUGUGUGGGUUGUAGACUCCGUCUCAUGCUACCACUAGAGUGAAAGCACCGCCAGCAUUCAAAAGUGACCAAAACAUCAGCCAGGAAGCAUAGGAACUGAGAAGUGGUCUGUGGUCACCACCUGCAAAACCAGUCCUUUAUUGGGGGUGUCUUGCUAAUUGCCUAUAAUUUCCACCUGUUGUCUAUUCCAUUUGCACAACAGCAUGUGAAAUGUAUUGUCAAUCAGUGUUGCUUCCUAAGUGGACAGUUUGAUUUCACAGAAGUGUGAUUGACUUGGAGUUGCAUUGUGUUGUUUAAGUGUUCCCUUUAUUUUUUGAGCAGUGUACAAUAUACCCCUUAAACACACGUACGCAGUUGUCUCACAUUAUCACUGUAGACAUGAGCUGUUCACUCCAACCAACCAACCCCCCACCCCCACCCUUUCCAGCUCAUUGUCCCACUGACCUAUCAAAUCCUCCUGCCUGUCCUCCAUUCAUCCACUUUUCAGUCCUCACUCUCCUCCUUUCACUGUGUCACUCUCCUCAUGUUUGUCAAAUUCCCCUCUCUCUCCAUGACACCUGUCUAUACUUCCCGACGUGGUCCCCCUUCCUCCUCCCCCCCCCCCCCUCAGUCAGCCCCAAAAGGUGGAGAGGUCCAAGGAACCGGAUGUCUUCUCCCCGCAGCAACUCAGGUUCAGUGUGGUUGCAUGGGUGCUCCGCCUCCCGAGUGACUGGCUGCAGUCAGAUUUUCAACCCCCCAGGUUGUUACGCUUGGUGAUGUUUUUUCUCCCCCAGAGACAAUGAGACAGUUGUUGGUAUGAAUGAUAGGAAAGAGUCAGAUUGAGCCUAGAGUUACUGAGGCUUUGUUGUGUGAGUAUGGCUUAAUUUUGAGGUUUUGUUAAUUUUGUUUGGGGUUCGAAAAGCUACUUUGCACGUGUAUUGUUUGUGUGGGAGAUUCUCUCCAUUUUCACCAUGUUGGAUCAGUGUUUGCUGUUGUAACUCUUACCCUGUCUGUCAGAAGCUAAAACGCAUCACUGGGCCAGGGCUUUGAUCUUGGCAUAAAGCAGAGUAUAGCUAUGGAUCUCUUCCUCAGUUAGCAGUGAAGGCUGUCUGGCCAUUUGCCCUCCCGCUGACCUUUUAACCCUACCUUAUGUGAAAUUCAUGCCUUGCUCUUUCUCUUUCCAGCUGUGGAAUAAACGUCUAGUUUUUUGGGGGGUGUUUAGUGUUUCUUAAUAUAGCCUAUAUGUAGCCUGUACGUUUUGUUUGGGUGUGCAUCAUGUUUUGAUAGUUCAAUGCUGUAUUGAUGCACGGUUAUGUUAGGACCUAAAGAACUGAGUCAGUUCAGGCAGCACACGAGUGACAUUCAGAGUAAUUUUGCUAUAGGCUAUUUCAUUAAAUGUUAUAUACAGAACUCAAGAGUAAUGUACUCUAGACAGAACAGAGAAUUCCACCAAAGCAGGGCAAAAUGUCCUGUCAGAAAAUAUUGUUGCUCUCCCUCUCUGGUGCAUGGGCCUUGUAUCCUAAACCUAUUCAUUUGUUUUAUAAUGGACAAUUCCUAACUCUCUUGUGUUUAGCUAUAUUCCAUUCAUAUUCCAUUCGAUAGGCUUUGAAUAUGACGUUUGGCCACGCUCAAACAAUGAAUUCCAUCAAAAACAAAGUUGUUUGAAUAGCCUAAAAAUGUAGGGUAGCCAGGGGACUAAUAAUAAGAGAGAACAAACAAAAUCUAUAGCCUUUAGAACAUUUUUAUGACGAGUUUAAUCAAUUUUAAGCUUAUUAAGAAAUAAUGUAUCUGUGCGGGGCAGAAAAACCCUGGCCGUCAAUGCGAGGUUGAAAACCAAAUGGCCAAUAACCUUUCCUCCUACUAGGCCUAUCAUAAAGGCUUUAAGACAUGUUACAAUUAUAAACAGCCUAUUUCCUGAAUAUUCUAAUAGCCUAAGAAGGUGUUGUCCUAAAGUUGCCACUUUCAAAAAUGAAAGUUGGAGUAUAGGCCGUAGGCAUUGGCUAUUCCUAAUCACAGCUUUAUGAGAUAUAGAACAAACAAUAUAAGUCAAAUAGGCCUAAAGCUAUUAUUAUGAAGUUCUGAAGACCGUAGACUGCCCAGCCUAUGAUUUAUAACUCACUACGGUAACACAGCCCGUUUGACUGACACUUUGCUCCAUCAUGGCAUGCGCCACACAGAUGCAAAUACCUGUUCCACGCUGAAGCUCCACCAGAAAGGAAUAUUAUAAAAUAUUUCCCUGCACUUAGCAGCUACCCAGGCUUUCAAUAACAUUAUAUUUUGUCUUGAUUCGUCCAGUUGUAGCAUGCGAUUUCGCGCUAUAGCCCAACGGUGGUGUUAGAGUUUCGUUAUCUAAAAGGUUUUGAGAAGUCAAUGCGAGAAGUGAAAAAUUCUUCCCUAGUUAAUUUUCUCGAAAUCUAAAGGCACAACCUAGAUUCAACCGAAUGUCUUAAGUAGUUGAACGUGUUAUUACUCCAACCUCAUGGAAUUGACAAAAUGACACGUUACAUUUUUUCUCAAAAACUAUUUUAAAUCGAACGAGUGCCUUUGAUUUGACACGAUGCACAUGCGCAAUUCGCCGCGAGACGACAUUUUAGACCCGAUGACGUGUUUCUGCGCAUGAGCUUAGCUAGCCAACGUUGCCAUGACAUCGCCUACAAGUGUGAUCUGGGAUUUUGAUUGAAGAAGCAGUUUCUACCUAUCUUUAUACUGUACUGUCUUUGCUACUACUCUCAAACUCUAACCUUUGAGAACAGGAACGUGGCAGUAACGGCAUGUGUUAAGACUUAAGACCAGUGUGCAGAGUGCUAGCUGCACCCUUACUGUUAGUAAAUUGUGUGUGGCCAGGUCAGUCAGUAUGUCAACUCUCUCGCUCUCCUUCUCUCGCUCUACAGCUCAGGGGGACAGACUCCUCAUAGAGACCUGGAGAAAGUACUGACAGGAGAAGAGAAGUGAGUAGCUGUGCCUUGGGUGUUCCCAUGUUGUGUGUGUCUGAGUCCUUUGUCUGUCUGUCUUGAGUCAGUGUGUGUUGCUUUCAGCUGACACCCCUCCUGUGUGUGCUGACCCACAGAGCUCUGCGCCCAGGAGACCCUGGGUUCUGUGCCCGGGCCAGGGUGCCCAUGCCAUCCAACAAGGACUACGUUGUGCGGCCCAAAUGGAACGUGGAGAGCGAGUCAAGAGCAGUGAGUGUUUGCCUGUCCAUCUGUCUGCCUGGGAGAAGGGAGGAGAAAGUGCCCCUGGUGGUUUUCCAUUUAUUUUAACUGCAGAGCAGACCAAUUAUUUUCUCAUCACACCUGAAAUCCUGGAUUCCGGACAUAACCAUUUCUAGGUCAUUUUAGCUAAGUUAACUUAGGUGUGACUGUGAACUGGGUUUCAACUGUAGCUUUCAGAUGUUUUGUCACUACAUGACGUGGGCAUCAGUAAGAGAAGGACGGUAAGGAGCUGAAUGUGAUUGGUUCCUGACUGCAGACCGACUUUAAGAAAGGGAUAAGCCGAUUGGAAAAGCACAAGCGUCGCAUUGCCCAGCAGAGGUCACAGCGGCGCAUCAUGGCGGUGAAGAUCAACGUGGACGGCAAUGGCAUGCCACUGUAGUACCUACUGUCACCACACGGGGCAGUAAGUGCCACCUGCAUGUCUCUUGCUGGUCCUGGGUAGGACAAAGUUGCACAGAGACACUGAUCUUAGGUCAGUUAAUGGUUACCCCCACUAAUGGUGAAGGUUGGGAAUGAGAGAGGAUAAGCUGAUUGUAGGUCAGUGCCUGAGGGCAACUUCUACCCAGGGCCACUGUGUGCAGUGUGGACUGGAGAGCAACCCUCCCACCACUUACCAAGUCAAACGGCUCUGCAAGCUGUUGCCCAGCCACCUAAUAAUUAAAUGAGUCCCCUGGUUUUAAGACAUUAGGCUAUACCAGCAUGUCGCUUGAGUUUCUGUGUCUGGCAUGAUGGGAAUGUGUUACUAUUCAACUUGGUGUUCAGAGUUUGUUUAAAUACUAGGGUUACGAAACUUAAUGCACUCUAUCAGAUACGCUGUUGAAAUAUCAGAUCGGCAGAACAUUCCAAAUUUGAUGAUUACAAAAAGUGUGUUUGUGUGUCUUGGUAACCUCGCUCGCUAGGCUUAUAGUGGUACUACCGUAUGUUACCACUACGGCAAACAUAUUGUGGCGAAGAAACACUGUUUUGGUGAGUAGUUUCACUUUCCUGUCCCCCCUUCUCUAAUCCUUUCCUCCCUCUGUCUCCAAGGCCCCGGUUAAGAAGGGCAUGUCACGGGUGGACAAACAGUUGCGUCGCUUCGCCGACAUCAAGCGUAUGACGAAGACGGGCCACGCUGUGAAAAUCAGCGUCCAGGGCAACCGGAUGCCCCUCUGA